AUGGCAGUAGGUAGAGUCCUGAUACUCACUACUCUGACCAGUGCACUGCGAAUACCGGUUACAUGUAAAAUUCGCAUCCUUCCAAAGCUUGAGGAUACACUCGAAUUGGUCCGUUUGAUCGAAUCCACCGGGGUGUCUGCAAUCACGGUCCACGGUCGUACGAUUCAAGAACGCCCACAACACCGAAAUCACGAUGAGGUGAUACGUGAAAUAGCCAAAACCGUAUCUAUUCCCGUGAUUGCCAAUGGUGGUUCAAAAGACACAAUAAACAAGUACGAGGAUAUUGAGUUUUUUCGACAACAAACUGGAGCUUCUGGAGUGAUGAUCGCGCGUGCCGCCAUGUGGUAUCCAGCUAUAUUCCGACCGCUUAGUGACAACGACUCGCCAAUCUUGUUACACGACAUUAUUCGUGAGUAUCUUGUUCUGGCUAUGCGAUACGGACAUCACAUUACGGGAGCGAAAUACUGCAUCCAACAGAUGCUACAUCUCGAAGGUGAUACUCCACUCUUCCUGGAUACACUAGCUGCUGCAGAUAUGGAACAAUUGUGUUCUGUUUGGGGAGUUUUGGAGAAAUGUCGUAGGACCAACCAGACUGAAGAAUGUAAUCAUCAUUUCACGAACGGUACGUCACGGGAUACUGAAGCGGGUACUUUAUUAGAGUCUGAAUUACCUGACGGGAAACGGCCGCGUCUGGAGACGGAUCCGACACCAGCAGUCCAACAGUCCGAUCCCGUACAGAAGACCAUCGAACGCCACAUUCCGUUUGAGCGUCGAUAUUGGCCUGUGCACGGAGUCACACCGAAACAGAUUCUUAUUGCACAUUGUCAAAAGCAAAAAAUGCAACUACCGGAGUUCAUCACGGCAAGUUUCAAUCAAAUACCAAUCCGUCUUUCUCUGGUGCUGUCUCCAAUUGAACAACGUGAGGCUCGUCUAUUCUUUUCCACUGUGAUUCAUGACAACGUACGCUAUCAUAACACGUUCGGUUGCAAAUCGAAAAAGUUCUCCGAACAGGCUGCGUCCCUGGUGUGUCUGGAAGCCCUUGGCAUUCCGGAUGGUCGUCUCCCGAGGAACAAUUGA